GGGACAGAAACUUUCUCCCUCCUUACAAAAACCAUCCGCAGUCAGUCUGUCACACAGACCAUACGCCCGUCAAGUCUACGGACCGUCAACGUCAGCCAGGCGGAUUUGGUGCGCACACCUCGGCUUGGAUAUACAGGGACCCACCGAUGGAAUUCGGUGUUAUCGAUUUUUUUAAUCAACUCACACAUUUUUCAUUAGAGAAGGUGUGAAUUCCACGUACCCAGGAUUCAGAAAUGUAUUUUCUUCAAGAGAAUAUAUUUUCAAUUGGAUUAAUCAAGGAGAAAUUAAAGUUGAAUAGGUUAAACUAACAAAAGAGGAUACGAAUUCAUCAUUACGCAAUUUGGCAAGUUGUCUUUGGAUAAAGCCUUGCUGAUUUAAUCAGUGUGAACUGAAAGGAAAUAAAGUCCUUUCCCAAAAAUAAAAAUGCAUUUUGGAGUCCAUCACAUCCAGCUCACACUGCUAUUGUCUGCAGCCGUAGCAUCGGUCCAGGUCCCAGAGCCCUACCUCAGCCUGUCUAAUGAGAGAACUUCGAUUGAGAGGACGUAUGAGCUGACCAAGUACCUGGAGCAUCAGCUGAGAGAGAUAAAGGACACCUAUCUAUCCUACCUGGGCCCUCCUUUCAGUGAUCCAGACUUCUCCCCUCCACGGCCCAACAGCACGACCCUGUCCCUGCCCAGCGCCGCCACCCGUCUGGAGUUGUGGCGGGGAUUGGAGAACCGUGCCAGGCUGACCCAGAACCAUAGGGCUUACUCUGUCUUGCUGGGAGCGGUGAGGGAGCUGGCCCGCUCCACCCUCUGUCCCUACCUCCAGAGCUCCCUGCUGCACUUCUCUACAGGCCUGGACAGUCUGUUGGGGUCUAUAUCAAGCCUCAUGAACACUCAGGGGUAUGCUCUGCCUCCUGCUGGGAUCGAGGCACAGUACCUGCAGAGAGACACAGGGGGCGACAGAGAGGCAAUGGGACGCAGACCAUCUCCACUGAUGAGUCAGGGUCUCUAUAAGGCAGGGGCGGAGGUGGGGCUAAUGAGGCAUCCUCUUGGUGAUCAGAGGGGUGCUGGGACCAUAAGAGGGGCAGUGAGAGGAGAAAAGGAGGAGAGCACCAGGAGAGAAAUUACAGGGAGAAAGAGGGAGAGAGAGAAAGAUAGAGGGAGGGGGAGGGAGGGUAGGAGAGCAGAGUUAACUAGGCCUGUGGUUAGGAGCGUGGGGUUGAGGCAGGAGGAAAGAGGGGAGCGCGGGAGGAAAGGGAGGAAGAGAGAGGCAGAAUAUUGGGAGGGGGCCACUGAAGACAGGGAAGAGGAGGAAGAGUUGGAGAGAAAGGGAGGGCAGGACAGAAGGGGGAGGAGGCUGCUGAGUGUUUCAGAGGAAGGAGAGAGAACAGUUAAGCAGGGUCCACUGGACUCUGACGCCAGAGUCACUCUGUCCUUUUCAGACAGACAAACCUUCCCCCAACAACAACUCCUAAACAACAAUAACAACAACAACAACCUCUACAGCUACAACUUCAACUAUCACCCCCAAAAUAAGGACAGAGCCGGGGGGGAUUCAGAAAACAGGGCGACAGAGGAGGAACAAUACAUCAUCCGAGAGUCUGCAUCCCUCCUCUCCUCCUCUUCAUCCUUCCAUCCCCAGCGCCGAUCCCCUCGCUCCUUAUUCUCCCCCUCUCUCCACCCCCCCCUCUCACCCCUCUCCCUCUUCUACCCGUUUGGCACAGGGCCAGGGGAGGGACACACCCUGUUGUCAGAACCAGUUCCCCUGUCAUUGAGGAGGGGUCCCUCCUUGCUGCCGCCCCCUCCCCUGCCACCUCUUCUGUCCUCCUCCCCUCUGCUGGCGGUGCAGCCGGCGCUGAACGACUUCUCCAGAAAGGUUGAGGGCUUCUGGGUACUGAGGGAACUGCAGAGCUGGCUGUGGCGCUCCGCCAAGGACUUCAACCGCCUCAAGAAGAGACUCCGAGUCUGACAGACUGAUAGAGGAGGGAGGACACACACACACACUCUCUCUCUCUC